AUGUCCAACAGCAGCUACUUCAGUGAGUUUCUCCUAUUGGCAUUUGCAGAUAGGCGGGAGCUGCAGCUCUUGCAUUUCUCACUCUUCCUGGGCAUCUAUCUGGCUGCCCUCACAGGCAAUGGCCUCAUCAUCCCAGUCAUAGCCUGCAACCACUAUCUCCACACCCCCAUGUACUUCUUCCUCCUCAACCUCUCCCUCCUUGACCUUGGCCGCAUCUCCACCAUUCUCCCCAAAUCCAUGGCCAAUUCCCUGUGGAACACCAGGACCAUUUCCUAUUCAGGAUGUGCUGCCCAGGUCUUAAGUUUUUACUUUUUCAUUUCAGCUGAGUAUUCUCUCCUCACAGUCAUGGCCUAUGACCGCUACGUUGCUAUCUGCAGACCCCUGCACUACGGGACCCUCCUUAGCAGCAGAGCUUGUGUGAAAAUGGCAGCAACUGCCUGGGCAGCUGGCUUUCUCAAUGCUCUCCUGCACACUGUGAACACAUUUUCCAUUCCACUCUGCCAAAGCAAUGAGGUGGAGCAGUUCUUCUGUGAGAUUCCUCAGAUACUUAAGCUCUCCUGCUCAAACUCAUAUUUAAGGGAAGCUGGAGUUAUAGUGGCCAGUCUUUGUUUAUUCUUUGUAUCUUUCAUUUUCAUUGUGGUGUCCUAUGUACAGAUCUUCAGAGUUGUGCUGAGGAUCCCCUCUGAGCAGGGCCGGCACAAAGUCUUUUCCAUGUGUCUGCCUCACUUAGCUGUGGUCUCCAUGUUUCUCAGCACUGGAACAUUUGCUGACCUGAAGCCCCCCUCCAUUUCCUUCCCAGCUCUGGAUCUGGUGGUGGCCAUUCUGUACUCACUGGUCCCUCCAACAUUUAACCCACUCAUCUACAGCCUGAGGAACGAAGAGCUCAAGAAUGCCUUGAGGAAACUCAUCCAACUGGUCUAA